CCUCCCUCCCUGGGAGUGUUCAAGAUUUAAAUAAACAAGGAGCAACAUGGCGGCGCUUUUCCUCGGCUUAUUUAGAGAAACGAAGGUCAGGAUACUGGAAUGUUCCUCCGAGUAGCAGGCAGCUCGAAUGCCGUAGCCGUCAGGACUGUGCAGCACGUGUGUUUGUGUAUAUCCCGUAACCUGAGUUUUACAGAAGGUAGAUCCUCAUCAACCAUAAAACUAUCCUUAUUCUUCGGAUGAUACAGUUGAGGGUGGUGCUGGCUAGGCCAGCGUUUACUGCUCAUCCCUAAUUGCCCAGAGAGCAGUUCAGUCAACCACAUUGCUGUGGGCCUGGAGUUGCAUGUAGGCCAGACCAGAUAUGACACAUGAUGAUUGACUGCACUAUUAGAAGAAAUUGCAGCAUCAUCCAGGAGUUUACAGAUUGAAGCUGAGUUGCUGAUAUGUGAAUAAGAUGAGUGGACCCAGAGAAAACUCAUUGGAUCUGGUAAAUUCUGAUUCAAGGAAACGAAAACUUUCAUCCUUUGAUGCUCAGGGAUCAAGUGUGAACUGCAGCAUUGAAAAGCGUCGUCGUGAGCAAGAGAGCAAAUACAUCGAGGAGCUGGCGGAACUAAUCUCUGCCAACCUAAGUGACAUUGACAACUUCAAUGUCAAACCCGAUAAAUGUGCAAUUUUGAAAGAAACUGUGAGGCAGAUUCGUCAGAUAAAGGAGCAAGGAAAAGCGUCUUCAAAUGAAGAUGAUGUGCAGAAAGCAGACGUAUCUUCAACUGGACAAGGAGUCAUUGACAAAGAUUCAUUGGGACCUCUCUUGCUGAAAGCCUUGGAUGGCUUUCUGUUUGUGGUCAAUCGAGAUGGAAACAUUGUUUUCGUGUCUGAAAAUGUUACCCAGUACCUUCAGUACAAGCAGGAGGAGCUUAUGAACACAAGUGUGUAUAACAUCCUUCACCAAGAGGACCGUGAUGAAUUUCUUAGAAAUUUGCCAAAAUCUACAGUGAAUGGGGUUUCUUGGACAAAUGAAACACAGAGGCAGAAGAGCCAUACGUUCAACUGUCGUAUGUUAGUUAAGAUGCCAUAUGAUUCUUUAGAGGAAUCAAAUGGAAACCAUGAAGCUCGUCAGAAGUAUGAAACUAUGCAGUGCUUUGCACUUUCUCAGCCAAAGGCUAUGACUGAAGAAGGUGAAGAUCUACAGUCCUGCAUGAUUUGUGUAGCAAGACGAAUUACACCAGUGGAGAGAUCGCCAUUUCCCUCCAGUCCUGAAAGUUUUGUUACAAAGCAUGAUAUGACAGGCAAGAUUACCUCAAUAGAUCCAAGUUCCCUGCGUGCCUCCAAAAAACCAGGCUGGGAAGAUCUUGUGCGAAGAUGCAUUCAGAGGUUCUCUCACCAUAAUGAUGGACAGCCAUGGUCUCUGAAAAGACAUUACCAUGAAGCCUUUACGCAAGGUCAAGCUGAGAGUCCCCUUUAUCGUUUUUCCUUGUCGGAUGGUACAAUAGUCACUGCACAAACCAAGACCAAGCUUAUACGCAGCUCAGCAUCUAAUGAGUCUGUUGGCUUUGGCUCUACACACUUGCUGCAAAGGGAACAGAAUGGUUGCAGACUGAAUCAAACCAACAUGGGGCAAGAAAUGAUGAAAACGCUUGCUACAGCAAGCACAAACCCUUCAAGCAAUAUCAGCAUGUCUUCAGGGGCAACAGGACAGGGAAUGUCGGUGCAAAAUAAUAUGAACUAUGGUGCAAAUAGCUUGAAUGACCCCAGUUCUAUGGGGCAAAUGGGACGGUUUGGUGCAGCAGGUGGGACAGCUGGUGCAAUGAACCAUGGGUCUGGUAUGCAGACACCUAAUGUACAGGGAAACAGCUGUGCACUCACAAUGAAUAGUCCCCCACAUAGUAGCCCUGGGGUGAACACAAGCCAACAAAAUCUGAUGCUUUCACCAAGGCAUCGGGUGAGCCCACGAAUGGGACCCAACCAGUUUUCUUCAGCUGGUGGAAUGCAGUCGCCAGUGGGGCAUAUAAACAGCACAGGCAGUAGCACCUUCUCUAGUAGUUCCCUUAAUGCACUUCAAGCCAUAAGUGAAGGAUUGGGAGUUUCACUCCUGUCAUCACUAUCAUCACCUGGUCAAAAGCUGGAAGCGUCCCCAAGUGUGAACUUACUCCAGCAAUCAAAGAUGAGUAGCAUAGAUCUAAAAGAUUCGCCUGGCCUUUUUGGGGAACACAACCAAGUUGAGAGCACAGUGGGUCGACCAGAAAGCAGAGAUGCUCAUAGUGAACAGAAGAGUAUCAAGGAAGGAAAUCUAAACCUUUUUGCUAAUAACGAUAACAUGGAGGGCCAGAGAAAAUUCCACGAGAACAAAAAUCACACCAAGCUGUUGCAAUUACUGACCUCUCCCUCGGAUGACAUGGGGCUAACAUCUUUAACAAACCCUAAUUUGGAUUCUAAUGUUAAGGAGUCCUCUUCAGGCAUUACAAGUCCAACGGGAGUCUCUUCAACUUCUGCUUCAGCUGGUGGCACUGCUGCUGCAGCCACAUUGCAUGGUUCUUCUUUACAAGAGAAACACAAAAUUUUACACAAGUUGCUGAAGAAUGGAAACUCACCUGCAGAAGUAGCCAAGCUUACUGCAGAGGCUACAGGCAAAGAGUCUUGUCAGGAUUCGGGCAGUAUGACACCAGUUGGAGAUGCUGCGAUCAAGCAGGAACAGAUGAGCCCAAAGAAGAAAGAAAGUAAUGCACUACUACGAUACCUGUUGGAUAAAGAUGACCCGAAAGAACUCACUUUAAAGGAUAUUAAGCCUAAAAUUGAAAGAAUGGACAAAAUGGAUCCUUGUAAUGCAGCAAAAGUUUCAGGCCCAAUGCAGGUGAAGGAUGAAGUGCGCAUCAAGACUGAACCAACUGACCAGAUGAGCAAUGAAUUGGAUACUUUAGAUGAUAUUCUGGGUGAUUUGCCACAGUAUUACCCAGAGUCUGGGAACGGCAGUACUAUGAUAAGCAAACAAGCAAUGUUUCAGGAUGUCAUGACAUUUGAAAGAGGUCAUUCACCUUCCCCAGGAACAUCGAAGCAAAUCCGUGGCACUUUAGGCAGCCCACCACCAAUGCAGCCCUCCAGACCACGGUUUAACCGGGCCAUGUCAUUGGAUAUUAACAGUCAGGGCCAGCCCAGUGCAGGACUUGGUCCUCCGCUGAGAACCAGCAGCCCAUACGCAAUGAUGGCAAAGCAAGCAAUGUUGGCAAACCGGAUGGGAGGCAGCCAAGAAAGUUUUGUGGGGAGUGCAGGUUCACAUGGAGGUUUGAACAUUGCUCAACAAACUGCCAUCGGAACAGGAGAGUGGGGAUUGCCAAACUCUAGUGGGAACACAGGGCCCAAUGCUAUGAUCAGACCAGGCACAGACUAUAGUUCAUCUAUCCAAAGAACUAUGGUGGGUAACUCCUCACUUGGAAUGCAGUUACGGUCCAGUGGCCAAACUGGUGCGAGAGCAUUGCUUCAGCAACAGAUGAUGGGAUUGAGACCUUCAGAAAUGGAUAUGGGUCUUGGAGGUCCACAGUUUGCACAACAGCAAGGUCCAACCAAUCCAGCCACAUCAUGGUCAGAGAGUGUUCUUCAGAUGGACCAAGGUUCUUCAGGCAACCAGAGCAGGCAGCCAUUUGGCAACUCCCUGGAUGAUCUUCUUUGCCCUCCCACUACUGCAGAGGCUCAGAAUGAUGAGAAAGCUCUCCUGGAUCAAUUAGAUACACUGCUGAGUAAUGCAGAUGAAAUAGGCCUAGAAGAAAUUGACAGGGCAUUAGGAAUUCCAGAUCUUAUCAGCCAGGCUCAACCUCUUGAGACGCACUCUGAACUGUUUUCAGGCCAGGACUCAACCAUGAUGUUAGAACAAAAAGCUAUUUAUGGUCAAUCAUUUCCAUCCCAGCCUGGCCCAGUGCAGGGAUGCUAUCCACCCAUGCAGGGCCAGCAACCAGGCUUUAACCCCAUGAUGAAUCAAAUGGGUCAGCAAGGCAGCUUCCCUCUUCCCAGCAUUCAUGCUAGAGCAAACUUUGCCCGGCAUCGCAUGAUGAAUGCUUCUGCUCCCAUGCAACUUAGAAUUCAACUUCAACAAAGGUUACAAGGACAACAGCAGCUUAUGAAUCCAAACCGUCAGUCUCUUGGAGUCAAACUAGAAAAUCCAAGUACAGUCAAUCCAGCUCUCCGACCAGGCAUACCACAGCAAAUGCUAGCCCAGGGUUUUCUCAAUGCACAGAUGGUGGCCCAGCGGCAGCGAGAGUACCGGAGCCAACAACUUCGCCAAAAGCAGAUAAUGCACCGAGCCAUGCUUAUGCGACAGCAACAACAACAGGGCUUCAGUCCUCCACCUAAUGUAACGGCUCCCACAGGCAUGGAAGGUUCUAUGGGAGUUCCUCAGAUAACCCCUGCAUCACCACAACAAUUCACGUACCCUCCAAAUUAUGCGAUGAAUCAGCAACCUGACCCAACUUUUGGCAGGGCUCCUAGCCCCCAUAAUGCACUCAUUUCAAGAAUGGGGCCUUCACAGAAUGCAAUGAUGCAGCACCCUCAGGCAGCUUCUGUCUACCAAGCAACCACUGACAUGAAGGGAUGGUCCACAGGAAGCAUGGGUGGAAAUAGUACAUUUCCGCAACAGUCUGCACAACAAUUUGGGCAACAGACAAAUGCCAGCACAUACAACAGUCUGAUGAAUAUGAAUGCCAAUAUGCCAGUAAAUGCUACUGGUAGCACUAUGGGUCAGAUGCCAGGGCAAAUAGGCAUGACUCCAAUGUCUGUGUCAGGGAUGUCAACUCUGGGUCCAGAACAGAAAUAUUGCUGACAACUCAGGAUGGCUGAUCAUCAAUCCAAAAAAGGUUAUUUUGGGUCCACACAGCUUUUGAGAGCAAUGCACUGUGAGAACAUAUGGCAAAGACACUUGCACAGAGAUGGAAAUUGCGCCACCUUGUGUGCUGCUGGGGAUUGGUGCAGCCCAACUAGAACCACUGUGCCAGCCUGCUAAGGUGUACAUUUCUUAACAAAAGAGAAUUGUUUCUCUGUUUUUAUUAGAUGUGUUUGUUUUAUCAAAAAGAAGACUCUUGGCAGCAGUACACCACUGGGUCGAAAACUCAAAUCGUUUUGGAUUUGCUUUGGUUUUUAAUUGUCCUUUUAGUGUCAUCUGGUUUUGCUACCUUUUGCUUGCCAAAUCUUGCAUUUACUUUAACACAGUACCUAGACUUGUUUCAAUUUUUAUUUUGGCAGUAUUGUAAAAUGUCAUUUGUAGUAUGGCCAUUAUUUUUACAAACAUUUGAGGGAAAAAUGUGUCUGCUGAGUGUCAGCAUAGGACAGUGUGCUCAUUGAUGCACUUUAGAGAGGGUUGAAGUAGCCAAGGAUUGCUGCAGUGUUUCCAAUCACUCAAUGUAUAUUUACACAUUUAGUAAAUUCUUGUUUUUGUUUUCCAAAUCAUCUCUGCUUUAAAUAUCCCAUUGAUAUUUUGCAGUGGAACACAACUGUACAACCAAUGUCCAACUUUUUAAAUCUGCAUAUGCAAUGCCAAGCAAUAAUCUUCUUUACUUUUAAAAUAUUGCAGAUAAAAUUUCAAAUGGGGUAAAUACAAGGUGCGUGCUGUUGACUCAAAGCAAGGUACUGCAGCAUAAGACUCCUGAAAAGCUGGCUCCUGUGAAUAUAUCUUGUAAAUAAUAAUACAAUAUUAUAUUAUAUAUACACUUUUAUAGGUCACACUUUCUGAUUUUUUUUGUUUUGCACAGCAUUGGUGAGGCUAAAUAUUCAACAGAUUCUUAUUUCUGUACACUUGCCUUUUAGCACCAGUUCAAGUUGUCUGUCCUGUUUGCAGCAGGCCUUGACAAUUGAGCCAAUCGGUAAAAACAUGCAAAGACUUUAGAUUUUUUCCAUGUUGAUCACCUGGAUUUUAUCUUAUGCUGCCAAUCAGCUUUUAACUUUCUAAAGUAUUUCUUUCUUCUCUCCUCCUUUUCCUAUCGAUAUAUCUAUAAAAAGAGGUGCUUCUGAAAAGUGCAACUGCAUAACUCUUACAUGAAAAUCAAUGCUUAACUUGACCAAACAGUAACUGAUCAAAAGUUUGUAAAAUGACUUUUUCCCCCCCACUAAUUUUAGUUUUGUUUGUACUGAAAUAGAAUUGCCCAUCAAAUGCUGCUUGGCCACCCCCUCACCUCUGUGUGACAGACAAAGAGAGGGGUUGCCUGUAAAUUUGCUAAGUAUUAAUUCAGUGUCUAUGCUAUGGUGAUUGAUUUAUUGAUCCUUGUGAAGGGGCACUUUGGCAUUCCAUUACUUCUACAAAUAUAACAGGAUGGAAUCGAAUUUGUAUCAUUGAAGUAAGAUUCAAUUUUUAUAACAGGUUUUAAGUGGUCUUGCCUCAAAUGUCAGCUUACUAUAUAUAAUUGUACUCCAAAGGAACAAUAUUCUGCCUGAUUAUUUUGAGUGUAAGCUAAUGAUUCUGUAUGAUUCUAAAUAAGCAAGCUUUAUGAUGACUUGGUGAAUAAUUUAACAGGUCUGAGCAUAAUGCAAGUCAUAGCGAUAACAAUUAAUUCUGUGGACAUUUUUCUGUUUAACUGUGAAACUAAAUUUUGACUGCUCUAGACAUUUUGUUUCGGCAUAUCUUUCAAUUUUCUGUUUAAAAAUUCUUCUCAAAUUAAUCUGGAAGUAACUCUGUUACCAGUUAGAGCCACUAAUGUCAAGGUGUGUUCAGAUUUGUUUAAACAAAAACAAACUUUCUAGAUUGCAGUGAUUUUUUUUCUGAAGUUUGUAAGAAAUAUGGAAGUUAUACUGUAGUUGAAAGAAACAGAUUAAACUAUAGAUGUUAGGUUGACAAAGCAGCAUAAAGGUAAUAUGCUCACCACAAGGGAGUGGAGUAAUUUUUGCACAUCUAAGCCAGUUUGUAGUUUGUAUUCCUAAAUGCUUCUCAUAGCUAAUGUAAAUUAUUUUUCUUUUCAUACUACCACUUCUGUUUGUUUCUUUCAUUUCUUCCUACUCCAAUGUUUAUUGAUUUGGAGCUAUCUGCAAGUUUGGAUUUGUCUGCUAAUGUAUUUGAAGGAAAAGUUUACUCAAUGUACUUACUACACAAAAUCGUGACUCAAAUUUGAGUUCAGAAUGAGUGCACUGAAAGCAUAUUUUUCCACAAAAGGAUGCAGCAUUUUAAAUGGAGACUUCUAUCCCCCUAAUGAUUGAAGUCAAAUGUUCAGAUGGUACAGAAAUCUAUGCAACAAUUCAGUAGACUGUAAGGUUUCCACGCCAUUAUUGAUUUGUUCAUUUUUUUUAAACAAAAUCAAUAUUUAUGGUUAUACUGGAACUAUGGUAGGUAAAGAUUGCAUCAAGUUUGGUUAACUUGGUUAUUGCAGUUUGAAUUUGUAGAGAAGCGACACGGUAGCUCAGUGUUAGCACUGCCACCACACAUUGCCAGGGGCCUGGUUUGAUUCCACCCAUUGGCGAUUGUCUGUGUGGAGUUUGCUCAUUCUCCCCAUGUUUGCAUGGGUUCCCUCUAGGUGGUUUGGUUUCCUCCCACAGUCCAAAGAUGUGCAGACUAGGUGUUAUUGGCCAUACUAAAUUGCCCAUUGUGUUCACGGAUGUGAGAGAUUUGGGGGAUAGUUCUAGGUGGGGAUGCUCUGAGAGUCUUUGUGGACUUGUUGGGCUGAGGGGCCUGUUUCCACACUACAGGGAUUCUAUGGGGGCAAAAAGAAGCAAGUGCUAGACGAGUGGAGUGGGGAAAAAGUGCUGUCUUGGCAACUUAUGUGAAUAUCAUCUUAAGUGAAAUCUAUUUUAGUUGAAGCAAUGGGUACAUUUUGUGCAACUACUGUCCUGAAGUCCUGCCUGAUCAUAUUGAUCACUUAACUGUGUUGAAAAGAAAAAUAGUUGCUCUCAACGGCAACUUAUAUAUUCCACAUAUACUGACCUUUUUAAUGGCAUCUUCUCAAUCUUGCGUGAAACAAAGCGAAUAUUUGAUUUAAUUUGUGUUCUUAAGAUGUGUUACUGUGUGUCCACUGUUCAGAAACAGAAUUAUUUCUUUAUUAGAUAAGGUUUAACUAGCAGCACCUUUUUUUUUUAAAUUUUAGAAGAUUCCCUUUACGACUCUGAAUUUAUUUAGGGAAUUUUUAUGAAAUAAUCUGAAUGCUUUCCAGAAGUAUUGCUUCAGGCUUCUUUGAGCCAUUAUUGCUACAUUUUGAAUGUGGGACAGGCAUUUAGCAGCCAUUGACUAGUGCUCUCUGGUGUGAAAAUGACCCAGAAUAAAAUUUGACUGUCUGAAGCUAACCACGCUUCUUAGAGCUGAGCAAUCCAUGUGAUGGGGGUAUUGAAGUUCAGCUGUUGCCUGGCCAAGUCGUAAGCAAAAAUGUCUGUGUAACUGCCAUUUCUACCAAUUUGGCAAUAGAGUUUCAGCCUGUAGUAAUAAAGUUGUGCUUUGGGAGUGGGAAUACAGUACACGCUUGCCUUAUUUGUAGAUGGGUAGGUCACAGAGAGUGUUUUCAGAAUUGAGAGAUUAAUCAUGGUACAUUUACAUUGAUGAUGACAACCUUUUGCUGUUAAAAACACUCAGGUUUGCUGCACAUCUGGACUGAGGUCAAAUCAAAUCAAAAACAGAAACUAUUGACAAAAUUGGUUUGGUAACAUGAGGGAUUAUGGCAUUAACCCAGUAAUCUGAUGUUGGCUGCAUUUCAGUAACUGAUGCUUAGUUUUCCAUGUUGGUCUUCAUUUUAUGUUUCAUUUGUAUUCAGUUGCACUUUUCUGCAUCCUGAGGAGAAAGUGGAUGUUAAAAAUACCUUACUUGUAUUUGACAGUGACCUUAAGAAAACAGCCUAUUAAAAUGCAUAUUUUAUUAUUCA